AUGGGUAUCCCUGCAUUCGGGCCACCUGCGCCAAUUGAUCCGUCAUACACCCCCGAAGUAUCUAUUGCUUCAGUCCCAGCGGACGCCCCGAUCGAUGAAAUCCUCGACAUUCUCGAACGGGACGGAGGCGUCAUCUUGACCAAUUUCGCAACAGUGGAAGACCUCGCUGCCAUUGAUACCGACUUGGAAGCCUACCGCACACAAACCCCUUCCACGGAAAAGGGUGCACUACAUAUCAUACCUAAGGAGACCCUCGCCAUUUCUGGGUUGGUGGCCAAGUCACCCACCGUUGCUAAAAUCUGCGAAUCACCUGUACUGGAACAGUUGCGUGCUUCGAUCCUUCAAGAUGACUUCAGUGUCAUUCGCGAAGACCACAUCGAGAAGAACACGAUCGAUCCAUUGUUGAGCAUCAGCAUGACCUUCCACAUCGGCUAUGGUGCGCCUCGACAAAGGCUGCACCGGGAUGAUAAUGUGCAUGGUGUCAGACACGGAGGGGAGUUUGACCUUAAAAAAGUCAGCCAGUUCGCCUGCUUGAUUGCAGCAACAAAGACCACAAGGGAAAACGGGGCCACCAUGUUCAUCCCGGGCUCCCACAAAUGGGAUGACACUAGACGGCCUCGAACCGAUGAAGUCUGCUUUGCUGCCUCUUGUUACCAUGGGGGUGGCCACAAUUCUGUCCCUGGCGAGGUUCGCAAGGUCCACGGGCUAUUCUUCGUCAGGGGAACAAUGCGUACCGAAGAAAACCAGUUUCUGGCGGUUCCGAGAAGCAAAGUAUUGACAAUGAGUGACAAGAUGCUGUCACUAUUGGGAUACAAGAAGCCCACCACGGUCUUAGGUAUCGUUGAAAAUGAAGACCCGGCGCAGGAUCUGCGAGGAGUUCUCGAGAGAGCAGCACGAUAG